CUGGCAUUUCAGGAACAUUCUGAAGCCCGAGAGUCGAUGCAGAGCGCUUCCAGCGCAUGCAUAAACGAAAGGGGCCAACGAGGUGGUAGUCAGAGAUGAAUUGCCACGCUCAUCCCACGCCAUGCACCCGUUGUCUCCCUUUCAUCUCGCGUCCCGUUUCUUGGAGACUACCCACGUCUCCCGAUGGCCCCCCGAUCGUGGCGCCGAGGCGGCAGCACACCCGCAAAAACAUGUUUUUGAGUCUAAUCCGUUGUCAUUAAUCGAUCGACAGGCACUCCCGGC